GGGAAAGAAAAGAAAAACGCGCGAGAGAGAGACACACACGAUCGAGAGCCAAUUCCCAAACCCGCGAGCUCCCGGUCGCCGCUUCAUCCUCGAUCGCGUCGACCCGUCCAUCCAGCGGCGACGUCUUGGAUCCACCCGUCGGGAUCGCCAUGAUGAACCCGGAGAUGAUGCGGGUGGCGGAGGAGCAGAUGCGACGCAUACCCGCCGUCGACCUCGCCAGGAUGCAGCGGCAGCUCAUGUCCAACCCGGACCUGCUAAAGCUCACAACCGAGAGCAUGAAGAACAUGACGGCCGAGGACUUCAAGCUCGCCGCCGAGUGCCUGAACCACGCAAGGCCAGAGGAGAUGCUCGACAUGACCGAGAAAAUCGCCAAGGCCAAGCCCGAGGAGCUCGCCGCCAUGAAGGCGCAAGCCGACGCUGAGACGUCGCGCGCGAUAUCCGCCGCCAAGAUGCUGAAGCGGCAGGGGAACCAGCUCCAUGGCCGCGGGCAGUACGCUGACGCCGCCGCCAAGUACAAGCUCGCCAGGGACAGCGUGAAGAACGGCGUGCCAUCGGCGGCUGGGCGCGCUCUGCAGCUGCAGUGCAGCGUUAAUCUGAUGGCUUGUUACCUGAAAUUAGGCGAGUUUGAGGAGUGCGUCAAUGAAGGUUCAGAGGUUUUAAGCUAUGAAUCGGGCGAUGCCAAAGCAUACUACCGAAGAGGGCAAGCGUACAAACAGCUAGGAAACCUUCAUGCUGCUGUUGCUGACUUGAGUAAAGCCCGUGAGAUUUCUCCGGACGAUGAAACUGUCGCUCAAGCUCUGGCAGAGGCACAAGAAAAAUGUGCGACCGAAGGGGGGACAAAAAACCUGCCAAAGGGAGUUGUCAUUGAAGAAAUUGUAGAAGAUAUUAGUUAUGAUCUGGCAAGCCCUGAAAACAGUUCUUCUACUACUACUGAGCAUACUGCUUCACAACCACACGACGGAGCACGAAACUCGACACAAUCUGACUCUUCAGAAAGCUUGGUAAAUAUGUCUCAGGUUGCUUCUUCAUCAAGUGGAACAAUCCCUGUUAGCCCUGCUAUGUGGGAGAUGUUUGCAUCCAUGGUGGAGAACAUGAGCCCUGAUGAAAUGGCAAACAUGAGCGGGCUGCUCGGUAUCGAGAUGUCCAAGGAGGAUGCUGCCAACGCUCAACAUGCUAUGUCUUCAUUCUCUUCACAAGAUUUAGAGAAAAUGAUGAAGUGGAUCGGCAGAGCACAGCGAGGAGUCGCAGCGGCAAAGAAGACGAAGGACUGGCUCCUAGGCAGGAAAGGCUUCAUCUUUGCUAUUGUCAUGCUGAUCUUGGCGUUCAUCCUCCAUCGGCUUGGAUUCAUCGGGUAGGUGAUGAUGCCACACACAUCCGAGAAUCCGCGGCGAAAAAUGUGGAAGCGAUAGUGGGCGGAUGACAACAAUGUGGAAGCAAUAGUUGAACCUGGGUCUUUUUGUAACCAUUGUUUAUUCUUUCAGCAUAUUUGUUUGUAAAUUGUACUGUAACAGAUUAGAGGUAAUUGGCCGAGUGUUUUGACAACUAGCAAUUGUGCGGGCAUCAAUUUUA